AUGGCCAAAGGAGAGGGCGCCGAGAGCAGCUCCGCGGCGGGGCUACUGCCCACGGGCAUCCUCCAAGCCAGUGAACGCCCUGCCCAGGCGAAGAAGGAACCAAAGAAGAAACAACAGUUGUCAAUUUGCAACAAGCUUUGCUAUGCAGUUGGGGGAGCCCCAUACCAGGUGACGGGCUGUGCCCUUGGGUUCUUCCUGCAGAUCUACCUAUUGGAUGUGGCUCAGGUGGACACUUUCUCUGCUUCCAUCAUCCUGUUUGUAGGCCGAGCCUGGGAUGCCUUCACAGACCCUCUGGUGGGCUUCUGCAUUAGCAAAUCCUCCUGGACCCGCUUGGGCCGCCUCAUGCCCUGGAUCAUCUUCUCAACUCCUCUGGCCAUCAUCGCCUACUUCCUCAUCUGGUUUGUGCCCGACUUCCCACGGGGCCAGGCCCUUUGGUACCUGCUUUUCUAUUGCCUGUUUGAGACACUGGUCACGUGUUUCCACGUUCCCUACUCAGCCCUCACCAUGUUCAUCAGCACAGAGCAGAGCGAGCGGGAUUCUGCCACUGCCUAUCGAAUGACUGUGGAGGUGCUGGGCACAGUGCUGGGUACAGCGAUCCAGGGACAAAUCGUGGGCCAAGCGGAUAUGCCUUGCCUCCAGGACCCUAAUGGCUCUGCAGUGGCUUUGGAAAGUGCCAAUCACACAUACAGUACCACCUCACUCAGAAAAACGCAAAAUGCAUACCUGCUGGCAGCUGGUGUCAUCGCCUCUAUCUAUGUCAUUUGUGCUGUCAUCCUGACUGUGGGUGUGCGGGAGCAGAGAGAACCCUAUGAGACACAGCAGGCUGAGCCGAUGCCCUUCUUCCGGAGCCUCCGGCAGGUCAUGAGCCAUGGCCCAUACAUCAAGCUCAUUGCUGGCUUCCUCUUCACUUCCCUGGCUUUCAUGCUGGUGGAGGGGAACUUCGCCUUGUUUUGCACCUACACCUUGGGCUUCCGCAACGAAUUCCAGAAUCUACUCCUGGCCAUCAUGCUCUCAGCCACAUUCACCAUCCCCAUCUGGCAGUGGUUCCUAACCCGGUUUGGCAAGAAGACAGCUGUGUACAUUGGGAUCUCAUCAGCAGUGCCAUUUCUCAUCUUGGUGGCCCUCAUGGAGAGCAACCUAAUCGUCACGUAUGUGGUAGCUGUGGCAGCUGGCAUCAGUGUGGCAGCUGCCUUCUUACUGCCUUGGUCUAUGCUGCCCGAUGUCAUUGAUGACUUCCACCUGAAGCAGCCCCACUCCCAUGGAACUGAGCCCAUCUUCUUCUCCUUCUAUGUCUUCUUCACCAAGUUCGCCUCUGGAGUCUCCCUGGGUAUCUCCACCCUCAGUCUCGACUUUGCCGGGUACCAGACUGGGGGCUGCUCCCAGCCAGCACGUGUCAAGUUCACGCUGAAGAUGCUAGUGACCAUGACUCCCAUCGUCCUCAUCCUGCUGGGCCUGCUGCUCUUCAAGCUGUACCCCAUUGAUGAAGAGAAGCGGCGGCAGAAUAAGAAGGCCCUGCAGGCUUUGAGGGAUGAAGCCAGCAGCUCGGGGUGCUCUGACACAGACUCCACAGAGCUGGCCAGCAUCCUCUAG